UUUUGCCAUGGGCAUCGAGUUCCGGGAGGGUUCUUUGGUCAUCAACAGCAAGAAUCAACAUCGGCUGAAGAAGGGCAUGGUCUUCAGCAUCAACGUCGGCUUCUCCGACUUGACCAACAAGGAAGGCAAAAAACCAGAGGAGAGGACCUAUGCCAUGUUCAUCGGUGACACUGUCCUGGUCGAUGAGGAAGGUCCUGCCACCGUCCUCACUGCCGUCAAGAAGAAGGUCAAGAACGUCGGCAUCUUCCUCAAGAACGAAGACGAAGAAGAAGAGGAAGAGGAGAAGGAUGAAGCUGAAGAUCUCCUUGGUCGCAGCUCCCGGGCAGCUCUGUUGACGGAAAGGACGCGGAAUGAAUUGACGGCAGAGGAGAAACGCCGAGCUCACCAGAAAGAGUUGGCGGCUCAACUCAACGAAGAAGCGCGUCGGCGGUUGACGGAGCAGAAGGGCGAGCAGCAGAUCCAAAAGGCUCGUAAGUCCAACAUCUCCUACAAAAACCCAGCGUUGAUGCCGAAGGAGCCCCACAUCCGCGAGAUGAAGAUCUACAUCGACAAGAAGUACGAGACCGUCAUCAUGCCCGUCUUUGGCAUUGCCACGCCCUUCCACAUCGCCACCAUCAAGAACAUCAGCAUGUCGGUGGAAGGAGACUACACCUACUUACGCAUCAACUUCUACUGCCCGGGUAGCGCUUUAGGACGUAACGAGGGCAACAUCUUCCCCAAUCCCGAGGCCACCUUCGUCAAGGAGAUCACCUAUCGCGCGUCCAACAUGAAGACGCCAGGUGAACAAACGGUACCGGCCCUCAACCUUCAAAAUGCUUUUCGCAUCAUCAAGGAGGUCCAAAAACGUUACAAAACCCGGGAAGCUGAGGAGAAGGAGAAGGAGGGCAUCGUCAAACAAGAUUCGUUGGUCAUCAACCUCAACCGUAGCAACCCCAAGUUGAAGGACCUCUACAUCCGUCCCAACAUUGCCCAGAAGAGGAUGCAAGGUUCUUUGGAGGCCCACGUCAAUGGUUUCCGCUUCACCUCGGUGCGCGGUGACAAAGUGGACAUCCUCUACAACAACAUCAAACACGCCGUCUUCCAGCCUUGCGAUGGCGAGAUGAUCAUCGUGCUCCACUUCCAUCUCAAGAACGCCAUCAUGUUUGGGAAGAAACGUCACACGGAUGUCCAGUUCUACACGGAAGUCGGAGAGAUCACCACCGAUUUGGGCAAACACCAACACAUGCACGACCGCGAUGACCUCUACGCCGAGCAGAUGGAACGGGAGAUGCGUCACAAGUUGAAGACGGCUUUCAAGAACUUCAUUGAGAAGGUGGAAGCACUCACCAAGGAGGAGUUGGAGUUUGAGGUGCCCUUCCGGGAGUUGGGGUUCAACGGCGCCCCGUACCGCAGCACCUGCCUUCUCCAACCCACCAGCAGCGCCUUGGUCAACUGCACCGAGUGGCCCCCCUUCGUGGUGACCUUGGACGAGGUGGAGCUGAUUCAUUUUGAGAGGGUCCAGUUCCACCUGAAGAACUUCGACAUGGUCAUCGUCUACAAGGACUACAGCAAGAAGGUCACCAUGAUCAACGCCAUCCCCGUCGCCUCCCUUGACCCAAUCAAAGAAUGGCUCAACUCUUGCGACCUCAAGUACACGGAGGGCGUCCAGUCCCUCAACUGGACCAAGAUCAUGAAGACCAUCGUGGAUGACCCUGAGGGCUUCUUCGAGCAGGGGGGUUGGUCCUUCCUGGAGCCUGAGGGCGAGGGCAGCGACGCAGAGGUGGGCGAAUCUGAGUCGGAGAUGGAGGAUGAGACCUUCAACCCUUCGGAGGAGGACUACGAGGAAGAGGAGGAGGACAGUGAUGAAGAUUACUCCUCCGAGGCCGAAGAGUCAGAAUAUUCCAAGGAGUCCCUGGGCAGCGAGGAAGAGAGCGGCAAAGACUGGGACGAACUGGAAGAAGAAGCCCGAAAAGCUGACCGGGAGAGCCAAUAUGAGGAGGAGGAGGAGCAUGGGCGCAGCCGGAAGAGGAAGGCUCCUGCUGGGCGGGGCGCCCACCCCCGCAACCCAGGACCCCCCAAAAAGAAGAGGAAGUAG